CUGCCACGGCGUUUAAUGCAAAGCUAGGUUUAUCUGACACUUGUGGUGUUUAUCUAUUGCAUCCCUCCACAUUUGGAAAUUAAUGUUUGAUUUUUCAUCAUCUACUUCUUAUCCAACCCUAAUUUCUCAGCGUAUUUGAUGUCGUACUGAAUGAUGGACAACGGAAAGAGAUUGAUCACUGUUAAAAGGGCCUUUUGAAAGGCUCUUUAGGGGCACUGAUUAAAGUCCAGCAUGAUUUGCAACAUUUCUGGUUACUAAAUGAAGAAGAGAACCCCAAGAAUUUCGGAUAUUCAUGACUAGAAGCAAGCAGUGCCAUCAUGGGAUGUGGCACAUCCAUUGCAGUUGAGAACCAAACACGCCCCUCAGAAACAGAUGGCUCCAUCAAGCAGCCCAGCCCAGCUCUGACUAUAAAAGCUGCCAUACUGAUCCAGCGUUGGUACAGACGCUAUGUUGCUCGCCUGGAGAUGAGAAGACGCUAUACAUGGAACAUCUUUCAGUCCAUUGAGUAUGCAGGGGAACAGGACCAGCUACAGCUCUCCAGUUUCUUCAGUUUCAUGUUGGACAACUUCACACACAUGAAUGGGAAUGGACCAGACUUGAUCUCUCACCUCCUGGACUCUGUGGUUGACCCUUUAACUGAGGAGGCCAGGCAGUUGAAGUACGAGCAGAUUGUCGUGCCGGAAUCAUACAGCGGUCCUCGUCUCUCCUUCCCGCUGAGCGUGACUGAUACCAAUGCCCUGCUCAGCGCCUUUAAAGAGGAGCAGACUCUUCACGGCAAAUAUGUGCUGCAGCUACUACAUGAAACGAAGAAGUUCUUAAAGCAGAUGCCAAACGUCAUAUACCUGUCGACGUCCUAUGCCAAAGAGAUAACUAUAUGUGGCGAUCUGCAUGGUAGACUGGAUGACUUACUGCUUAUAUUUUACAAGAAUGGCCUUCCCUCCGCGGAGAGCCCCUACAUAUUCAAUGGAGACUUUGUGGAUCGAGGAAAAAAAUCUACAGAGAUUAUCAUCAUUUUGUUUGCCUUCCUACUGCUCUACCCCGACCACAUGCAUCUGAACAGAGGCAACCAUGAGGACCACAUCAUGAACCUCAGAUAUGGAUUCACAAGAGAAGUCAUGCAGAAGUAUAAGACUCAUGGCAGGGAAAUCCUACAGAUUCUUCAGGAUGUGUUCAGCCUGCUACCUCUUGCAACUGUCAUCGACAACAAAGUGCUUAUUGUUCACGGUGGCAUAUCGGACAAAAUUGAUCUGGGCUUUCUGAGCACUGUUGAAAGGCAUAAAGUGAAGUCUGCUCUCAGGUUGCCUAAACGCAGCGCUGAUCAUCUCAACGUUCACACAUGCAGUCGCAGCAGCAGCAGACAAAGCGGCAGAUCCCGGUUGGACAGCCCUUGCUCCUCAGGCCGCACCAGUCGUGCCUCCCGCAGGAGAAAGAAGCACUUCACCAAACAAGGGAGCUGCUCCUCGUCUUCAUCAUCUUCAUCCUCCUCAUCGUCUGUGUGCUCCCCCCGAGUCUCAUCACGGAACACUUCACGUCGACCUCCUCCUUCCCCCAGUCUGCCAAGCCCCACCGAUGUGCUCCAAGUUCCCUUCCUGGACUCCUUCGUCUCCCUAGAGCCCCCUGAGCCACCCAGAGAAGAACUGGAAUGGCAGCAAGUUGUCGAUAUUCUCUGGAGUGACCCUAAAAAUCAAAAUGGCUGCAGCCCGAAUUCUUUUCGCGGUGGUGGCUGUUACUUUGGGCCAGACGUGACACAGGCGCUGCUGCAGAAACAUGGCCUCUGUCUGCUCAUCAGAUCACAUGAAUGUAAACAGGAGGGCUAUGAGCUCUGCCACAAUGGACAGGUUAUCACUAUUUUCUCUGCAUCUAACUACUACGAAGAGGGCAGUAAUCGUGGGGCGUAUGUCAAACUGGGGCCUGAAUUGGUCCCACGCUUCUUCCAGUAUCAAGUCAGUCGGAGCACCAGAAAACUCACACUCCAUCAGAGGGUUCGUGUAGCAGAAGGUUCAGCACUCAGGGCUUUGAAAGAGAAGCUGUAUGCUCACCGCUCUGAGCUAAUGGCUGCCUUUCAACAGUAUGACAUAGACAACACAGGUCGCAUCUCCACUAGCGAGUGGGCACAGGUGGUGGAGUCUGUUCUUCGAUUGGAUCUGCCAUGGAGAACCCUGCGCCCACGCCUGGCCCGUCUUGGUGCAGAUGGCAAUGUAGAGUAUGAAUCCUGCUUUGAGGACAUCAGCCUUGGAGAGCCCAUCCCUCCGGUAACACCAAACUUGGCUGAAACUCUUUAUAGGUAUAGAACUGACCUAGAGAUAAUAUUUAACAUCAUAGAUAAGGACCACUCAGGUCAGAUCUCCAUCGAGGAGUUUCGUCAGACUUGGAAGCUCUUCAGUUCUCAUUUGGGGGUGGCUGUGAAUGACCAGACUAUAGAUGACAUGGCUCGAAGCAUAGACUUUAACAAAGAUGGCAGCAUUGAUUUUAAUGAGUUCCUGGAGGCCUUCAGGGUGGUGCAUAAACUAGAUGUCAAAGAGCAGCAGCAGGGUUAAUUCUGGAUGAGCAGAU